CCUGUAAACAUGUCGCGUAAGUGGAGCGAAUCAUCGAUACAAAACCCACGGCUUACGACGGAAAUUGGAAUUUCAACAUUUACAUGAAAUAGAAAUAUAUUGAAUGUUUACAUGAAUUACUAGAAGGAGGAAAAAGCCGAUAUGUAUGGAAUGGAGUUUGUGUUACCUUUCUUAACCUGUUUAGCAGGAUCAGUUUUUUCGGCAUGUCCACCUGGACUCUGCAGCCUAGACGAAACGAGUUUCUUUCGAAAUGAAUACUGUGAUAUCAAAGCUGACACAGAGUGUGACAUAAAUGUCAACUGUAAUGGAGAUGGGAAAUGCUACUUUGACCAGUACACGAAAAACACCACGUGCAUCUGUUCCGAGAAAAGAAUUGGGGACAUGUGUCAGUACAAUUAUACUACAUUCGGGAUGCCUUGUUCUUCUAACCUUGAUUGCCAUAGUGGUGUUUGCAUAGUUGCCGGACCUGGAGAUAAUAGGACAAAUCAUUGUGAUUGUCCUUUGGGCUUAAAAGGAGCAAGAUGCGAACAAAUAGAUAGACAAUACCUUUCAGAAAGUUGGGAAUGUGAAAAUGAAGCCAGGGCAUAUAUUCAAGGACAAUACCUUGGGUGUUCAUGCAAAUGUGGUACUGUCGGACAGUUUUGCGAGGAAAUGGACGAACGCGCUCCUUAUCACUACAGCUGUGAUAACCAACUUUGUAAAAGGGGAGAGUGCGUACGAUUCAUUGGCGGUUGGCCUAAAUUUUUUAGCUAUGGCUGUAAAUGUCCAAAUGGUUUCGUGGGUACAUUUUGCCAGUAUCCAAACACAACGGGAAUGCCGCCACGAAAACCAUCUAGGAGUCAGUGUCCGAGUAUGGGAAAGUAUCCAGUUUGUGAAAAUGGAGGUUCUUGUUAUGUAAAUAAUAAAGACGGAAAAUAUGUGUGUGAGUGUCCAUGUGGAUUUCAUGGUGAUUUUUGCCAAUUUAGUGUCUAUAUUACAAGUGAUACAUACAAACACCCUUGCGAAACAACUGACCAAGUUUGCCAAAAUGGAGGCGAGUGUUAUUACAAUGCCACUGAAUGUAGAGUCAUGUGUAAAUGUUGGGGGAGGUUCAUCGGUGAUCGUUGUAACAGAGACUGCGGCCCCUAUAGGGGCUGUGCUAAUAAAAACUGUGGACGUUGGUUUGAUUGUGUGGAGGACGAAUGUGGGAAUCCUAAGUGUGUUAAAAAUGAGAACUAUGGUAAAGACUUAGAUAAACGUUUAAAUAUUUUCCAAGCACUUGGAAUAGCAUUUGCUGUGAUCGUUAUUGCAUCAUUAUUAACUGUAUUUGUUUGUUAUAUGAACAAUAAAAGAAGAAGAAAACAUCGAGAGAGAAUAGCACAGAAUAUAUGUUCAGAACAGCAGAGGGUUUUACAUUUGACUAUGCAACGAAUGAAUCAACAUAUCAAUAACAACUACGUCCAAAUAUCAGAUAACGCAAUCUAUACUGUCACAGGAGGAGGAAACGCUACACGAAUCAAUGGCGCACACAACGGUUAUCAACCUGAGACUAGGUCAACACCAACACACACUUCUGAUGCUCAGGCUAGACAAACCAUAGAGCAGUUAAAUGCAAACAAUAACGUGAAUACAUCACAGAAUUCCACGCAUACUGAAAGUAACAAUGAUCCGCCAAGUUAUGAAGAAGUAUGCCAACCACCGCCGACAUAUUCUGAUGUUUUGCGAAGUAUGCCUUAAUCAGAGCAUUAAUUUAGCAAAGACUUGUCUUUCAAAAGUUAUAGUAUCCAUAUGUUCGUUGUUCAUGGCGCUUCUGUGAUAUUGAGAUUUUGUUGAGGGAAAAUUGUUUUAAAACGGUUUGUACGAGUCUAAUUAAACACUGUAAUAAACAGAUUAUGAAUAACGAAGCCAGACCUCUACUCUAUUAUUUUAUGUACACUAAUGUGGAUUUGAGAUGCCUAUUUGUACUCCUAUUAUUUUGGUAUCAUUUCAAAGGGUGAUAUGAAUAGAAAAGGCUUAUGUAAAUGGUAUAUAUACUGACCAAAAUAUUACAAACAAGCGUUUUUAGCCUUUAAAGAUUUAAAAACAGUCCAUUUCACGUCCGAUUUCUCUUGAAAAAAAAUCAAAAAAAAAAAAUCAAACAGCCAUUACUUUAUGAAUUAUGUAUUUCGGAAAAUAUCUUUGUCAUCUAUGUAAUCAGUAACCUUUGCCCUAAAUUAUAACGCGUCACCAUUCAAAACUUUUGUUAAUGCAUCGAUGAAAAGACUUAUGUAUGUGUGCAUUGAAUAUUGAUAUGCAUGUAUUCAUUGUUUACUCUUGAGUUAAUACUGUCAUAUUUUCCUUUUCAUGUAUUUCACUUCAAUCAUCUUUUUUUCCCAAAUUGUUUGAAAGUUAUUGAUUUACAUUUGUGUAUAUACUAAUACUGAGAUGUAAUGUAUAUAAUCUAAAACUUAAGAGCUGGGUUUAUGAUUAAAUCAAACGAACAUCAUAACCUGGUACUGGUCUAACGUUCUGACUUAAGCACUUAAGGUCAUUUUAAAUAUGCCCAUGUGCAUGUAAAUUGUAAAUACAAUAAUGAUUCCGAGCAUAUAGUGUUAAGCAUUCGAGAACCCCAGGAGUCUUGUUAAUGAUGUUCAAUUUAAAGUGGUUGUAAUGGUUAAUUCAUUUCAUUUCAUUUGUUGAUGUCUUAACUGUCUUGAAAAUAGUUACAACUUCGUUAAACUCAGUUCUAUUUAUAAAAAAGUAGGUUAUUACCUCAUUGUAUCUGAAUAUAUAAUACUAAGUGACCUUUCUGCUCCAUUAAUAGUGUUUAUGUUCUUACACCCAGCCGUAUUUGGGUAAAUAGUACGUGUGUUUAUCUGUGUAUAUUUUUACAUCAUGAAUAUAGACUGUGUGCAAUUAUCCGAAAAUAAGUUUAUACAUUUUGAAAUAGAUGUUUAGAAUUACGUUUUCUGUCGAAAUAAAGACUGU